AUGACUGAAGAUAUCAGUAAAAAGAGAAGAAGUCGUGGUGCUUAUGUUGGUGUUUUUAAGAAAAUUGUUAAUGAAACUGUGAAACCUAUUUAUGAAAGGUUUGCUUUGAAAGAUCAUGGUGCGGUACUCUUAUCCAGUUAUGAUUUACUGGAAGCUAAAUUAUUGAACGUAACAACUAUUCAAAAUGAAAUUAAUGACUUAAUUGAGUCAGAGAAUUUAGCUAAUGAAAUGAUGUCACACUUGGAAUUUGAGCAGUAUGCUGCGAAAGAGUUAACAACAUUAAAAAAGUUUCUUGACAAGCAUGUGUUUGAAAAUGAAGGUAAUGUUUCUGUUACUUCUUCUGAUGGGUCUGGAAACUCCAGCGUGAGGGAUCGAAUUAAACUUCCGAAACUUGAGCUGAAAAAGUUUAACGGUGAUCCUUUGCAAUGGAAGUCCUUUGACGAAUCUUUUGAGUGUGCGAUACAUAAGAAUGAAUCUCUUUCUUCUGUCGAAAAAUUGACGUAUUUAACAAAUCUUUUGUCGGGCUCGGCAGAACAAACAAUCAGCGGUUUAUCGUUAUGUAACGAAAACUAUGAAAUUGCGCGAGAUCUUUUAAAAGAACGAUUUGGUGAUCCACAAAUCACUGUGUCAGCUCAUAUGAACAAACUUUUAACUCUUGAAAAUGUAAAAAGUUCGAGAGAUAUUAAGUCUAUGCGAAAACUUUACGACCUAAUCGAAUCUCAAGUGAGAAGUUUGAAAGCCCUGGGUUUUAAAGCAGAAAACUAUGGACCUAUGCUUAUUCCUGUUGUUUUGUCAAAAUUACCGAAUGAUAUCAAAUUAAUGAUAAGUAGAAAAUUUGAUGAAGAUAUUUGGGACGCUGAAGCAGUGUUAAAAUUUUUAAGAAAAGAAAUUAUGGCACGUGAAAAACUUUCGAAUAUAAAAUUAGAAGAAGAUGAGCAGCGGGAGUUCCCCAGCAGUGGAAGUUCUUUGAAUGCACAAGCUGCGCGAACUGGUACCCGAAAGUUAUUCUGUUCCUUUUGUUCUGGUGAGCAUAAAUCACAUGAAUGCAGAACUGUAACAAAAUUAGAAACCAGGAAAGAAAUUGUUUUGAAAAAUGGACGCUGUUUUUUAUGUUUAAGAAAAGGACACAUGAGUCGUGAAUGCAAAGCAAGUUUUCGUUGUUUUCACUGCAAAGGAAAACAUCACGUAGCCUUAUGCGAAAAGAAACAUAAUCCAAAUCCUCCUCCUAGUCGUAGUCCUAAGAAAAAUGAAACCGAAAAUAAAGAUGCAGAAACUGAAGAUUCUUCCUUGAACGUUACACCUGCUAAUAUAAACAUAGCUUCUGAUCGAAAUAAUGUUUUGCUGCAAACUGCUAUGGCUACAGUUACAUCAUGCGAUGGAAAUUACAUCACACCGCAAGCGAGAAAAAGGUUGAAUUUAAAAACUGUUUCAAAAAAAGAACUGAGUAUUAAAGUCUUUGGAGGUGAACACUCUACGAAAAAACUUGAUCUUGUCAAAUUUGAAAUUAAAAGCACAAUAUCGAAUGAGAGCAUUAAUGUUUCUACCUUUGUGAAUGAUAUUUGCAAACCUGUUUCCGGACAAACUAUCAAUUUUGCUGUUGAAAAUUAUGAACAUUUGCAAGGCUUACAAUUAGCUGAUCAGAAUUUUAGCGACGAUCUACACGUCGACAUAUUAAUUGGAGCCGAUUAUUACUGGAAUUUUUUCACGAAAACUGUUUUACGAAGUUCUAGCGGAGGUCCUGUUGCCAUGGGAUCAAAACUUGGAUUUAUCUUAAGUGGUCCAGUUUCUACUGUCUCUACCACUCCUGUUACAGCAAAUAUGGCUUGUACUCAUUCGUUAUUAAUUAUGAAAGAAACUCAAUCAGAUUAUGAGAUUCUGAAUGAAAACGUGAAUAAAUUUUAUUUAUAG